AUGCAACACAACUUCAUAGACCAACAUAAGGAAAAGUCACUCAAUGGGACCAACCUUAACCUGGACAGUCCUGAACCCACAAAAGAGAACUUAGAAAUAUGCUGGCCAGGGCCCCCCAAAGCCAAGAAGUUACCUCCGCAGCAAGGACCAGCCAUUCCUUAUGAGGAGGACCUGUUCUUUACUUCUGGAACUUGCAGCAAAUUGAGCUGCAGUAGCUCCCCUACAUCUGAGUCCUCCUCUGAUUACCAGUCAUACUCCCAGUACCAGUCCUGCUUGUCCUCCAACUACAGUGACGAGGACAGUGCACAGAAGAGUGUGUGCGCCUUCUACACCCAUGUGCAGACUGUGAGGGGCGUAGCUGUGGCCUGGGAGACUGACGAUGGCUUCCAGCCAGUCAGUCAGAAGCCCCGCAUCCAUGAGGCCGAGUUCAUCAAGAGGCAACGGAGGAAAGGCUCCUCUUUCGAGAUGGCUUCCAACACCGACCUGCACUGGGAUUUGGAAGCCAGCAAGAACGACUGCUGUACUGAAGCAGAUGCAGAUGGUAUGGAGUUGAUGGGAUCCUUGGAGUUCUGCAAGCAAGAGCUGCGGGAACCUCCCGACUGGCUGGUCACUACUAACAGUGGGCUUCGCUGCAUGGCCUGCUGCCGUGUCUUCCCCACCCUGGAGGAGUUGCUGGAACAUGCCCAGUAUGGAAUCCAAGAAGGCUUCAGCUGCCAAAUCUUUUUUGAGGAAAUGUUGGAGAGAAGGCGUGCCCAGAAUGAAGAGCAGAGGCAACAAGCAGAGGAAGAAGAGCAAAGUCUUUCAGAAGGUAGUGAAAGCCCCAAGCUCAUCACCACAUCACAGGAGCAGCAGCAAGAGCAGGAGCAGGAGCAGGAGCAGGAGCAGAAACAGCAGCCGCCACCGCCGCAGCAACAGCAACAGCAGGAGUGA